UCCCACAUCGCCCAGCGCUCCGCAGCCUACACACUCUCACCGCUUCUGGGGAUGACGGGCCACUGUUAAGACCCUCAGGAUGUUCAGCUGGGUGGUGAAGGGGGUUCCCCAGCCUCCUGGGAAACUAGGAGAUGAGGAGAAGACCAAUGCCUCACCUGCAACAGUAAAACAAGUAACAUUCAAAGAAGAGAAGAAACAAGAAGCUCUAAAACCUGCCAAGGCCAAAGAGGAGGAGGUCACCGAGGAGACUGGUGGUGAGGCUGGAGUGUUGACUUGGAUCACCCAUGGCUUUGCUAAUUCUCUUCCCCAGCCUGCUGGGACACCCCGGCUAGGCAGAGCCAACACUGAGCCCUCCACCACACAGGAGGAGAACAGACAGGGGUCGAGCGUCAUCGGCUGGAUUGCUCAGGGAUUGGCCAGUGUGGUUCCACAGCCUGAAUUGAAAAACAUGGAGGAGGUGGAGCCUGCAGAGACAACAGAGAUUGCAGAGGUGAUCAAGGUGCCGGAGGUUAAGAAAAAACCUAGCAUUGCAGAGGUGAGCAAGGCGCCGGAGGUUAAGAAAAAACCUAGCAUUGCAGAGGUGAGCAAGGCGCCGGAGGUUAAGAAAAAACCUAGCAUUGCAGAGGUGAGCAAGGUGCCGGAGGUUAAGAAAAAACCUAGCAUUGCAGAGGUGAGCAAUGCGCCGGAGGUUAAGAAAACACCUACCGUGCAUGCUAUCCAAGAUGUCCCAGAUGCAGAGCCUCUUCCUCAUAUUCCUGUGGUGGAGGUUAUGUCAGAUGAAGAGCCUCAAGAAGAGAAGGGAAUCCCACCCAGGGUGUAUGAGUGGAUCAAACAGGGUUUUGAGAAGGUGGUUCCACAGCCAGCUGACAACAAAGACGUCUCAGCGAAGGCCGCCUGCCCACAGAAAGUGACCUCCAAAUCUCCGGAAGCUGAAGAGGAGGCCAAAGCAAAUGUGGUGGGCUGGAUUGUUCAGGGCUUCGGUCGUAUGUUACCUCAGCCUGUCCUGACUCCAAGUGGAUCGGAGAACGGUGUUCAGAACAUCCUCAUCCUGCAAGGCCAUGAAGACAUGGUUCUGGAGGAGGUGGACCCGGAUUGGGAGGAGAAGGAGAACAAAGUGGCUCAGGGAGCGGCCCUGCUCCAGGCCUUACCCUCACUCAUACCCCAGCAGGUUCUGGAAAUGCAACAAGAAGCAGAAGAUGCAGAGACACAGACAGAGAGAUGGACUCCCCUCAUAGAGAGCAUAAAGAAAGAGGCAGAGGAGGCUGCUAUGGUGAAAGUGGAGGAGAAGCUGCAGCAGCAGUUAAAAGAAGCACGGAUGGCUGAGGAGGUGGCCAGACAGGCGGCUGAGAUGGCAGUUAGACAACUAGAGGAGGAGCAGGCUGCCAGUGCCCAGAGGGCCACAGACUCACAGCAAGAGACUGAUGGAGAGCAACUGCCCAAUAUCCAGGAGGAAGAGAACGAGGAAGACCCUGAGUUGCAGAUGCUUCAGGCGGAGAGCGACGGGAUCAUGGACAUUGAGAGUCCCGAAGAGAAUAAGAUAACCGAGGACAAUAAGAUACCUAUUCAGAUUCAUUUCAAUGAAGACAAAAGGGUUGCAUCUGAGGAGAAUAUAGUAACAGAGGAGGUUACGGUAUUUGAGAAAAUAGUUCCAAAAACUGAAGAUAAUAUGACUAGACAGGAUAGUACGAUAUCUGAGACGAAAAUAAUAGAGGUUACAAUCACUGAGGAAAUGAAGAACCUUGAACAGAAUACGGCCCUAGUGGCGUGUGAGGUAUCAAAAGAGAGUCAUUUCCACGAAGACACAAAAGUUGUUCCCGAAGAGAAUAUAAUUACUGACGAUAAGAUAUCUGAGGAGACAAAAGUAACAGAGGAAAAUGAAAAUCCGGACAAGGCUAAAGUAUCUGCGGUUACGGACGCUGAGAAAGUCAAGAUCAUUGAACAGAGUAUGACCACACAAGACAAUAAGAUAUCGAAGGAGAAAAAUGUACACGAAAACAAAAAAGUUGCUGCUGAUGAGAAUGUAGUCACUGAAGAGAAUAUACCUAUGGUAACAGUCAAUGAGGUCAUCAGGAAUGUUGAACAGAAUACAACCGCAGUGGAGGAUAUAGUCAUAGGAGAGGAGAUAUCUGAGACAGAAGUAACAGAGGAAAAGAAAAGUCCUGACGAUAACAAAAUACCAGAGGUUACAGAUGAGGUUAUUGAGGUCAUUGAGGAAAUCAUUCAGAACGCUGGAGAAAAUACCACGAAACAGGAAAAUAAGAUGUCAGAGGAGACAACAGGUCAAGUGGAAUAUAAAGGACCUGAUAAGAAUAAGACAAAGGUUACUGCCGUUGAGAAAAUUAAGAUUGAAGAGAGCAUCCUAACACCGGAUAUCAAGAUACCUGAGGGAAAGCAUGUAAAUAAGGACAAGACAUCUUCUGAUAGGAAUAUAGCGGUUGGAGAGAUGGCCGUCGGAGAGAUGAUUUGUGCGGAGACUAAAGGAGCAGAGGAAAAUGAAAAUCCUGACAAGGAGAAAGUAACAGAGGUUACCGUUGUUGAGAAAAUUAAGACGGUUGAAGAGAACACCAUUAUACAACACAAUAAGAUAUUUGAGGACAAAAAUAUAAACGAAGACAAAAAAGUUGCUGCUGAGGAGAAUAGUAUAGUCUCUAAAGAGACGAAAGUAACAGAGGUUACAGUCACAGAAGAUUAUGAUCAGAAUAUGACCACAGUGGAGAAUAUAGUCAGUGGAGAGGAGAUAUAUGAGACAGAAGUAACGGAGGAAAAUAAAAGUCCUGACGAUAACAAAAUACCAGAGGUUACAGAUGAGGUUAUUGAGGUCAUUGAGGAAAUCAUUCAGAACGCUGGAGAAAAUACCACGAAACAGGAAAAUAAGAUGUCAGAGGAGACAACAGGUCAAGUGGAAUAUAAAGGACCUGAUAAGAAUAAGACAAAGGUUACUGCCGUUGAGAAAAUUAAGAUUGAAGAGAGCAUCCUAACACCGGAUAUCAAGAUACCUGAGGGAAAGCAUGUAAAUAAGGACAAGACAUCUUCUGAUAGGAAUAUAGCGGUUGGAGAGAUGGCCGUCGGAGAGACGAUAUCUGCGGAGACUAAAGGAGCAGAGGAAAAUGAAAGUUCUGAGGAAAAUAAGAUUCCAUCGUUUACAGACGAGAUUACCGUCGUUGAGGAAACGGAGACUGAUGAAGGCAUUACGACCACGCAGGAUAAUAAGAUAUCUAUAGACAAUCAAAUAACAGAAGAGGUGACAGUCAUUGUGAAAAUUAAAAUGAAUGAACAGAAUACUAUGCGGGAAAUAUCCAAUAAGAAAACAAUCGAUGAAGCCAGAAAUGUUGCAGAGGAGAAAAUAGUAACUGUAGAGAAUAAGAUAUCUCGGGCGAACAGAUGUCCUGGGAAGAAUAAGAUAGCAGAAGUUUCAGUCAUUAUUACAAUCACUGAAGACAGUCAAAUAUCAGAGGAGAAAACGGUCAACCAAGACAUAAAUGUUGCUGAGGAAAAUAUUGUCGUUGAGGACCACAUUGACGCUUUGGAGCUUACAGAGGACAAUAAGAUCACUGAGUUGAAACUGCUUCACGAGAGCGACGAGAGCAUGGAGAAUAAAAGUCCCGAGAAAAAUAAAGCCAUAGAGGUUACUGUCGUUGAGAAUAUUCUGAGCGUUGAAGACAAUACUCUGAUGGAUAUUGUAGUUGCUGAAGACAAUGAGAUAUCUGAAGACAACAAAGUUAAAGCUGUGGAGCCUAAAGUGGAAAAUAAGAUCACCGAAGUGGACCUGAAAAGGUGCCUGAUGGAUGUGUGUCCAGCCGAGGGGUUGUCCGAGGUUGAGGCAGAGGCGGAGUCAGUCGAAUCAAGCCCCCCAGUGUCUACCCCCAGAGAGGCCUCCCCAGAACCAGAGCCGCAAAAUAAACAGUCUCCCUCAGCGGCAGUGACCGAACAGCCAGAACCAGCUGACCAGAAGACUCCACCCACUGCCGCAACUCAGGAAGAGGAAAGUGCCGACGAAGCAGGGUGUGAAGGGAGCGUUGGAAAGGACAGAGGAGGGAAUGUGCUGCCAGUGGUUAAAGUGGAGGAUGUGGACAGAGACGUAGGGAUGAGAGGGGGUCUCAACAUCCCCCAGAUCAUCACCUCCCAGGAUCCCCUGUCCAUAUCUCUGACCGUGUCUCUCCCCCCCGGGACCAAGCGCAGCAAAGCUGUGGCUGCAGAUGGCUCGCUCCUCCCGGUAGAAGAGAGAAGUGCUGAAGAGGAUGAUAUUUUUGGUGUUGAUGACUUGGAGAUGCAGACCGGCCUCCUGACUGUGGAAGAUGGGGAUCGUCCAGCAUCAGCGGCCAGCUAUGGCAGUGUGAUUGUCCAAGAGAGAGUGACUACACUGGUCAAGCUGUUUAAGGCGAGGACGGUCCGCAAGAAGGAAAAACUGAUGGACCCUGACGAAUCUGAGGAAGACAGCCCUCAAACCUCCCCAGCCAAGGCGCCCCCUCCCCCUCCUCCCCCAGAAGAUGACAAGGACAUCUCAGCCCCGGUGGAGGAGGAAGAGGAGGAGGAGUACUGGGACUUCUAUGGAUACCCAAUCAAAAUCAUCAAACUUCCCAAAAUGCCCCCACUUCCUAGUUGGCUUCAAACCAUAGUGGACUAUCGUUUCCCUUCCAGCAUCGACCCUUAUACUGACCUGGUCUACGUGGUGUGGCUGUUCUUUGUGAUGAUGGCGUGGAACUGGAACGUGUGGCUGAUCCCGGUGCGCUGGGCCUUCCCCUACCAGACUGCAGACAACAUCUACUGGUGGCUGUUAAUGGACUACACCUGUGACCUUAUUUACAUCACCGACAUCCUGGUCUUUCAGCCCCGCCUGGAGUUUGUACGCGGAGGAGAUAUUGUGUGUGACAAAAAGGACAUGAGAGACAACUACAUGACAACAGAACGAUUCAAGAUGGAUUGUGUCAGUAUGUUCCCCAUGGAGAUAUUUUACUACUUUACUGGCGUUAACUCCCUUCUCAGAUUCCCCCGCCUACUGAAGUACAUGGCUUUCUUUGAGUUCAACGACCGUUUGGAAGCAGUCAUGAAGAAAGCCUACAUCUACAGAGUGAUCCUGACCACUUCCUACCUGUUGUAUUCUCUCCACAUCAACGCCUGUCUGUUCUAUUGGGGUUCUGACUAUGAGGGGCUGGGGUCCACUAAGUGGGUCUACAAUGGCAAAGGGAACAGUUAUAUCCGGUGUUACUACUUUGCUGUAAAGACCCUGAUCACCAUCGGUGGUCUCCCGGACCCAACCACCGUGUUUGAGAUCACAUUCCAGCUCGUCAACUAUUUUGUUGGCGUCUUUGCUUUCUCCAUCAUGAUUGGUCAGAUGAGAGAUGUGGUGGGGGCUGCCACGGCGGGUCAGAACUACUACCGGGCCUGUAUGGACAACACCAUCAAGUACAUGACCUCCUACCACAUCCCCACAGAGGUCCAGAACCGAGUCAAGACCUGGUACGACUAUACCUGGAAAAUACAGGGCAUGCUGGAUGAGCAGGAGCUGUUGAUUCAGCUGCCGGAUAAGAUGAGGAUGGACAUGGCUGUGGAUGUUAACUACUCCAUCGUGAGUAAAGUGGCCCUGUUCCAGGGCUGUGACAGACAGAUGAUCUUUGACAUGUUGAUGAGGCUCAAGUCUGUGGUCUACCUGCCUGGGGACUUUGUCUGUAAAAAGGGUGAGAUCGGCAGGGAGAUGUAUAUCAUCAAGCAGGGGGAGGUUCAGGUGGUGGGAGGACCUGAUUUGAAGACUGUGUUUGUGACAAUCAGGGCCGGCUCUGUGUUUGGAGAAAUCAGCUUGCUGGCAGGGGGCGGGGGGAACAGACGCACGGCCAAUGUGAUGGCUCACGGAUUCGCGAACCUCUUCAUCCUGGAUAAGAGGGACCUCUCAGACAUCCUGGUGCACUACCCCGAGUCCCAGAAACUCCUCCGCAAGAAGGCCAAGAAAAUGCUGACGAAGGAUAAGAAGCCAGAGGAAAAGGCCGAGGUGAAGGACACUGCCGAGGUGAUCCCAGACAGGCCAGAGACCCCCAAGCUGUUCAAAGCAGCCCUGGUGAUUACAGAACAAGCAGGCAUUAAGGGCACCUUCGCCAAGCUGAAAGAGGGCUACAAACCUACCGAGACUGAGUCCUCUGGACUCCCCAUACCUCCUCCCUCCCCGAUGGUGCACCGUCGCUCCCCCAUCCCCCCUACAGAUGCCCAGGUCGAGGAUGACGAAGAUGCGGUUUCCGAGACGACCGACAGUAUGAUGCUCAUCCGCAUGACACGCCGUCACAAAGGCGAGGAGCUCCUGUCCGUCGAGCAGAAGCCUGGAGAUGAAGAGGAGGAGAUGGAGAAGAAGUAGAAGGAGACUGAGAAGGAAAUUGAGAGAAAGAGAAGGGGAAGAAAUGUUGUGAUCACCCGCUACUCU